AUGCCGAAACACAUCCCAAAAGUAUGCAAGGAAUUCACGGAAUAUACGUCUAUGCAUGGAAUUGGUCGAAUAGGAAGUGGGCUCUUUAUUAUACAGAAAAUUGGUUGGUUAAUUUUGUUCUGCAUUUCCAUUGGAUACUGUCUGUUCCAAACAUAUACACUGUACCAACAGUAUUUAUCGGAACCUACUAAUACUAUUAUUAAAAAUGAAUAUGGACAAAUUGAAUUUCCGAAAGUUUCCUUCUGUAAUCUAAGUCCUAUGAAAUUUUCAAAAAUGUUGACAUAUGAAAAUCUCUUCAAAAUCAUCAACGAGACAGCGACCUUGACCGGAGUUGAUAUGCUGGAUUUUGGAACAAAUGUGGAGAAAUAUCUCAAUUUAUACCAAUUCUCUGGCCUACUAGGUAUUGAGUCAACAUCAGAUGCUAGAAAUAUGUUCUAUCAAAGAAUGGGGGAACUUAGUUUGACAAACUUGGUCGAACUAUCUCCAAAAAAGAAAGAGUUUAUCAUAUCGUGUGAAUAUCAAGGAAGGCCCUGCCUCCUGAAUGAUGUGACUGCAUACAGAGAUGAAUUUUACGGCAUAUGCUACAGGUUCAUCCCUUCAGAGAGAAAUUCGGUAGUAUCCCCGGGUCCGCAGGGCGGUCUGACGCUGACUUUAAAUGUAGACCAGCAGGAAUACAUUCCGUUCAUUGCUGGGUCUGCCGGCGUUAUAAUGGACAUCACUCGAAACGAGGAAGAUAUGGAAAAUAGAAUCCCGAGCAUGAGAAGAACGGGGACUCUGCUGUCCCCAAAUGUGGAAACUUAUAUCGCUCUAAGCAGUGUUGAAAACAUUCGAAUUCCAGGAACGGAAAAGAAAUGUGCAGAUGGAUUGGACAACGAUGUUGCGGAAUGUAUAGAGUAUUGUGUGGGAAUGGCUGCUGCAAAGAUUAGUGGGUGUGCUCAUGAGUAUACCUUUAUCGGCGAUCAGGCUUUGUGUUCCUCGCUGAAAGAAAUUGAGAGUAACGAGUAUGCACGCAUGAACCUAGAUAUUUCUACACUGUGCUCUCAUUGCAAAAUUCCUUGCAAAGAAUUGAUUUAUGAAAAGACUCUAUCUAUGACAACAUGGCCAAUCGACUCUUAUAUUCCAAUACUAAAACAACAACUAAAGGAGAAUGGAGUAAAUAUUUCUCAAAUGGAUGAGCUUGACACUUCGAGUUAUAUGAAGCUUCAUGUCUUUUUCUCGACAUUGUCAACAACUAUGAUAAAGGAAGAGGAAUCUUAUACGUUUGAGAACUUUCUGAGCGAUAUUGGCGGUCAGCUGGGACUGUGGGCGGGGAUUUCCGUCCUCAGUUUGGCGGAAGUGGUGGAACUUCUAGUUCUCAUCGUCGUGGGAUUCUUCACCAGAAGGAACAAGACCUCGACCUCGACCGAGGCCGAGAAAGAUCUCAAAUGGUAACUGCGUGAUACAUACUGAAUUCCGUAUCUCACUGUGUAUUUCCUAGAUUUUAUUUCAUUUCUCAAUAAAAUAUGCGAAGA